AUGGAUUUUUCUGGUACCUAUUUGCUUUCCAUGCCUCCUUUUUCAAAGCCGUUUUCUGCAGAACAAGAAGAACUUAACGAAAUAAAGAAGAAAUAUGUUGCAGAUGAGUUUAUGACGCAGCUGCCAUAUGUAACAAUAGUAAAACAUAAUUAUCCUUCACGCCCUGUUUUGACCUUAUUGAGCUUACGACAUUUAGAGGAAGAGUAA